ACCUGUACUCCUCAGUCAGCUGUCACCUGUCUUCUAGGCCAGUCGGCAGUAUGAGAGUAGCGCCAUUCUGGCACUGGCGCUGGAUACGAUUACGUCUCCUUAUAGGAUGUCUGUACCCAGUAUGUCCAUGAUGCACCUAGCAGAGUCCAUAAACUUCAGUGGGAGGAAGGUGCUAGCAGCGUCCUGCUCGGUCCCGUUUCCGUUACUCUCCUCCUCCCUCCUCCCGGACGCUCUUCUCCCUCACCUGGGCUCGGCUCCCUGGCACUCUGUAUCGGCAUGCGCGGAUGACGGCACCAUCUUCUCCCAGUCUGUGGUGCUGAGAGGAAUACCCAAGGAGCGCCAGAGCUGCCGCCUUCUUCCUGGGACGCGGGAGCGGUCGUCUCUUCACGCCUGCGGGAGCGGGGAUGAAGUCCUGCAGCGGUACCUGAGCGCUCUAUACCCCAGGACUGUCAGCUUCUCCCAUCUGCUGCAGACGCCCUCCAGCCUGGGACCCACAUUCCCCCAGUUCUUCUCCCCGUAUGUGACCAAAGACGGCUUCUCCGGGGAAGAGCCCCGGCCCCUGGCAGCAGUUGUAGAUGGCGUCCCGGUAAUGGCGGCUCUCCAGGCGUCCAGCGCCCUGCACCAGAGUCUCCGCAGCCUGUGUGACCAGGUGACGCAGCAGGACAUCAGGCGCUGGGUGAAUGUGGAGGCCUCGGGCGUGGAAGAAGAGGACUUUAAGGAGAGUGUUAGUGAGCUGCGCAGACUGGCUGACUGCUACAGGACACGUAAUGAUGAGACAGAUGACGACAGCGACUGACCGGACGCCGCACGGAGACACAGAGAUCCGCCUCUUACUUACAGCAUUUCUGCCCAGUUUAAUGUCACAAAACAAACAACGUAAAACAAUCUGUACAAGUGCAAUUGCCCCCCGGGCCUACUCCGCCUCUCCAACGCCAGACUCCUCCUCAUCUUCCGAGCUGGUGACGCCUCCCGUCUGGAACAGGUUUAUCAGCUCCCUGAAUCGCUGCGACACCUGGGGGGUAAAGAAGUAUAGGUGUAAUACCGGUCGCCAAACUGCACCGCGGCCGGAGGUUCCGGUAUCAGCCAUGACUGUAUAUAGACCUGUGUAAUAAAGCCCAUGCCUGUGUGUGUGUGUGUAUGUGUAUAUAUAUAUAUAUAUAAUAUAUAUACACACACACACCCCUGUGUAAUAAAGGCCACCUUUCUGCCA